AUGCAAGGAAAACGUCUACCCCAAGGCGUACACGGCGGUCUCGGACCGAAAGCCGAUAAAGCCCGCUGCACCGUCAAAGGCAUACGGCACCACGAGUCCUUCGCCAGGUCCCCUGAGGUAUCCCGUCUCGCAUCCCAGCGGAACGGUGAGAUCUUCGCCAGAGCGCGCAACGCACGCCUCAUCAUGAGCAACACCGUCCCGGACAUGCCAGUCACGAACACCAGGCCGUAUUGUAUCUGGUACCCUGACCUCGCGAGUGAGGAUACAUACCGCGAACUCGCGCGGCGGUACCCGGAAAUGGGAUACCACGUCGGGCGCGCGUGUGCUGUUGCAGGGUAUACCGAGUUAUACCACAAACUCGGGCUUUUGCCCGACGUGUCUAUUGCAGAAGAGGCUAGAGAUAAUAACAGCUCCGACAUAUUCGAGUUCAUCAUGGGCCAUGAUAUCAAGUACGCGGUGAUGGACGACUACACACGAACAGUAAACCUCAAGACCCCAAAGCCCGGAGCCAUCCUCAACUGCGACACAGCAGUACAUUCCUCCCUCGCCUUCCACCGCACCCUCGGAGACGACACGACGGAUGAGGACUACAUCCACUACUUCGACAUCCAAGAAGACGGACACAUCAGCACCUUGCGAUCCCCUCAACUCGGCUCUAGCCGGAUCGCCGACGACUUCGCCAGUCUUCUCUACACCCCGCUCCCUCGAGACCUCCCUAACAUAAACAAGGACAUACUCAUCCUCGCAGCAGCCUGGGACGGGAACAUCGACCGCUACGCGCGGCUACGACGGCCGAAAUACGUCCCGGGCGAAAUCUCAGCCGUCAUGCGCGGCGCCCUGCAUCACACCGCCUUCGCGAGGUGGCUCGAUACGUGCGUGGACGAUUCAUUCGACGAGGAUGGUGUCGAGAUGUUCAGACAGGCUAUCAACGCCCGCUUCAUCAUGAACAAUGACCUAUCGCGUAUCACGUCUGAUACGGACGGGAGAAUACUGCCCGAGAUAUUCUGGUGGCCGCAGUGGCCGCACGAGGAUACCCUCCGAGAGCUCGCGAGGCGACGGCCUGAUAUGGGUCAUCAAUGUGCGAUCGCGUGUAUCGUCGCCAACUAUCGCGGGUUAUUCGACGAGCUUCGGGUCUCGCCGUCUCGUUCGCAGUGGGAGGCGGCGUGCCAGAGUCCGAGCCCGUACUACAGAAAGGACAUCGAACAGCGGGCAACAGCGGCCGGUAUUGACAUCGGAAUACGACAUGCAGUCUUUGUAGAAGGCGUGCCGGAUAGUGGGUGGAACAAGGGAUUCCUCCGACGCGAUAAGGAGCCAUCUGGGAAUGCUGAGAUGCCCAGGGGGCUUGGGUUGCACGCGGCAAGAAAGCCCGACACCUUGCACGGAUUUCUAGAGGAGGUUGAGGUUGGUGGAUUCUUUGACGAACACAUGCAGAAGCAGAUGGCAGCGUGGGCCACAUACUUGAGCGCCACGGAUGAGGCAAGGAAGAGCUCGUCUGUCGGCCCUGAUAAUUAA